UGUAUCAUAACAGUUUUACCAAAUGCGUUGUGCAUUAGUUCUAUAACUUCAGUGUGAACAGGGCCUUAAAGAGAACAUUCCUCAUUGCACAAGCUGUGCGCUUCGGUAGCCUGAAGAAACUGAAAGAUGAUGUGGAUAAGUUACUGAGCUAUUACACGUAUGAACAGGAGCAUUAUUCUCUGGUAAACUGAUGACAACACUUAUCAAACCAGCAUAUACUUCCCAGGAAUUUGGCAUGUAGUCUGCUUCUCAUUGAGUUCUGCCUGCUUCUAAUAAAGUUACAGUAUUUUCUCAUGAAAUAAAACAGAAGUGAAGAGCAGGAAUGCUCUUCACUUUCCCAAGAAGGGGUUAAGAUAGAGACUCCUCCUACUACUAUGUAAUGAACUCUUAGCUAAUGCAUUUCAGACAUACUAGUAUCUCAUUCUUAACAUAUCUCCAAGUCAUAAGGACCCAGAGGAAGAAGCAGUGCGAACCUGUCCGAAACACGAUCCACAACCAUCAUGAUUUCCAAGGCCGUAAAAUCCAUGCUGAAGGAAGUAGAUUAUAACGGUAGCCUGAUCCCUGUGUCCAGUCUGAACGACAGCUCCGGUAAACUGAAUCUCCUCUCACUCAUUGUGAAGACCAGGCCCAGAUUGGGAUGCUUCUGGCAGGAACCGAAAUACCAGUCCAGAGGCUUUACCCUGAGUGAUGUGCUGAAGCCUGGAAAGCUUGGAGAACCUAAAGACAAACCUUUAAACCCAGCUGUCAAGGAGUGUGACUUUGUGGACCACAGUGGGGCAUCUGGUGACACUGAAGAAAUAAACGCAGAAGGAAAUGUGGAGGGAUUGUUGGCUGAUUUCAAACUUAACGUGGGCUUAAAAUGCUCCAACGAACAAGAGUCGUCCUUUGGCAGACUGAAGAAAGAGGAGGUGGAAGUGAAGGAGUUGGUUAACUACUCGAAAGACAUACGUCUGGAAAUGACCCACCCUGUGAUCAAGCAGACACGGGAGAAGCCCAGGGCAAUAUUAGGGGUGUUGAUGGAGAGGAUUAUGACAUCACAACCUUGCCCCGUCACAACCAAAGUCCGGAAGCGCGGCAAUGUAGGAGCCAACGUGAGCACCUGUGUGGCCCUGAGCGGGAAGGCCUCUAUGAAGCAGAGCGGCAGUACUCAGACAGAUAGUGAUGUGUCACUGGUUAUUCCUGCGAAUACUGUCGUGGCCUACAGUCUGAUUGAACUCUUUGUCAAAUGCAAUGGACAGUUUGAGCUGUGCCUCUUCUCCAACAAAGGGGGCUUUGAAAAGGUUAGGUCAAAUUAUGAGUUUGAAGAGGAUGGAAUUAUGGACCAGGUGUGUGACUUUGAUGCCAACAGCCCCCUAAAUCUGAAGAAAGAACUGGAGAAACUGAGUAGUCAUUUCCAGCUGCUGUCAGUCCUGCCAGCAGCCACACGUUCCUCUCUGCUCCAGCUCCUCAAGACAACCAUGGAGGAUGGAGAGGCAGUCAGUGUGCUGGAGAGUGUGCUGGAUCGGACGUGUGAUGGUGAGACUCCUGACCUGGGUGAUCUGGAAGAGUCUGAGAGGGAGACAGUCCAGGCCAUACUGGAUCUUGUAGACCAAUGUGUUGGGAAGGAUGAGAUCAGAUCCUCACUUCUCACUGCCAUCCACCUCAUUGUCAGUGCCAUGGACGGAAUGACAGAUGAGGGUCUCUCUGUGUUGGGAUCCUGUUGCAGUCCUCCAGUCUUACAGGCCCUGCAGAUCCUGGUGCAGCAUGUGGCAGCAGGGAGUGGGGAGACCCUCUCUCUGAGAGAUGCAGGUCUGGCUGUUCUGACUGAGGAGGAGGUGUUUGGGAGGACAGAGAGUCUCUUUGGUCACUCUAAAGUUACACUGAAGAGAGAGGAGGACACACUGAGGACAGAGAUGAAGGACCAGCCUGGAUACCUUCCUCUUGUCAUGAGUAUCACUGUGAAAGGCCUGGCUUCUUUAGUGUAAGCUGAGAGCGAGUGAGUGAGUGAGCUAGAAAAUCAUGUUUGAACUGAUACACUCACGAUUCCAUUCCAUGUUUUACUCUUGCACUAGUUGAGCUAAAGAACUAGUGAACAACAAUGUAUGUAUCCUUGUAAUGCUUUCAGUAAAGUUCAACAAACAUC